AUGGUGAUGAUUGAAUGGGAGAGGUUGAGGAUACUGGGAGAGGGAUCCUACAGCAUAGUGUACCUAGCCGAGCUUAGAAUCCCAGAAGAAGGAAAAAGAAUGGUGAUAGCCAUGAAGAGUUCAAAGCCUCAUGGAUUACAUUCGUUGCAGAAAGAAGGAGGCAUAUUGGAAUCGUUCUCUGGGAGUAAAGAAAUUGUUGAAUGCAUGUGGAGCAUAACGAACGAGGAGAAUGGUUGUGCUGUGUGCCAUCUUCUCAUGGAGUUGGCCCCUUACGGUUGUCUUGGAGACUUGAUCAGAAGGAAACCAUUCUCGGAGAGCCAAGUCAUAGUCUCCACACGCAUGAUUCUCAAAGGCCUCUCUCUCAUCCAUAAAGCUGGGGUCGUUCAUUGUGAUCUGAAGCCAGACAACCUCCUUCUUUUUCCCCCACUUGAAGAAGGUGUGGAGUUUCAACUCAAGAUUGCUGAUUUCGGACUUGCCAAGACCAAAGAAGAUAAAUGCGACGGUGAGAGUCGGGAGAUGAAGUUCAGAGGUUCACCCUUUUACAUGUCGCCAGAAUCAGUGAGGGGCGAAAUUGAAACAGCGUUGGAUAUAUGGUCUCUUGGGUGCAUAAUCAUCGAGAUGAUGACAGGGUUACCUGCAUGGCACCACAUUUCUUCCACACGCCACUUAAUGUUCAUACUCGCAUUCCCUAAACAAUCACCGCCGAUACCUUCUUGGCUCAGUCUCUGUUGCCAAGAUUUCUUGAGCAAGUGUUUCUCGAAGGAUCCCAAUCAGAGAUGGACGGCCACCAUGCUUCAACGUCAUCCUUUUCUUCUCUGA